AACGUAGUCUAUUAGUCAACAACAUGACAGUGACUCUAGGAUCAGGACAGCCAUCCUCUUUCUUUCAAGUUCCUGCUUACAGAGAUACAUAAAAGCUCAUGACAGCUUAUCUUUACUGUGUGCAUAAUUUGCCUUAAUUCAUUAGAGGAAAAUAUUUCCUUUCAAAGGAGCACAGAAUGAGAAAGAGACCACCGAUGGACGUGGAUAAUAACUGAAGAAUAAAAUGAAGACCAAACAUAAAUCUAGGAAGACAUACACAGCAUCAGAAUUAAAGUGAGUGAGAAGGUUGGAGGAGCUGAAGGGACAAAGCUGGACGAUGAGUUUAAAGAAAUGGAAAGGAAAGUGGAUAUUACCAGCCGAGCUGUAAUGGAGAUAAUUACCAAGUCAACAGAAUACCUGCAGCCUAAUCCAGCCUCAAGAGCUAAGCUCAGCAUGAUCAGUACAGUGUCAAGGAUGCGAGGGCAAGAGAAAGGACCAGGCUAUCCUCAGGCAGAAGCCCUACUAGGAGAAGCUAUGCUCAAGUUUGGAAGAGAACUUGAAGAUUCCUGUUUUGGCUUUGCCCUUCUUGAUGUUGGAGAAGCUAUGAAGGAGCUGUCUGAGGUCAAGGAUUCUUUGGACAUAGACGUGAAGCAGAACUUUAUUGAUCCACUUCAGAACCUUCAUGACAAAGAUCUAAAGGAAAUACAGCAUCACUUAAAGAAGUUGGAAGGACGACGCUUAGAUUUUGAUUAUAAGAAGAAACGACAAGGCAAAAUUCCAGAUGAGGAAAUCCGAAUGGCCUUGGAGAAAUUUGAGGAGUCCAGAGAAGUUGCAGAGUCCAGCAUGUUUAACCUCUUAGAGAGUGAUAUUGAACAAGUGAGUCAACUUAAUGCCUUAGUGAAAGCCCAGCUGGAGUACCAUGGACGGGUGACUGAUAUACUGCAGCAGCUCUCCAUAAAGUUAGAGCAAAGACUGCGAGAUAUGUCGACCCAGCCCAGAAGAGAGUAUCAGCCAAAGCCUAGACUGAGCCUGGAACUCACAACUGACAAUGCACAACACAAUGGUGGGCUAUCCGUUAGCACUGCUGCAAAAACCCCAGUUUCAGGGGCUCCAAUGGACCAGCCAUGUUGUAGAGCAUUAUAUGACUUUGAACCUGAGAAUGAAGGAGAGUUGGGAUUUAAAGAAGGAGACAUUAUAACUCUAACUAAUCAGAUUGAUGAGAACUGGUAUGAGGGAAUGCUUCAUGGCCAGUCAGGAUUCUUCCCUAUCAACUAUGUCGAAAUUCUGGUUCCUUUACCUUUGUAACAUUAUUGUAUCACUGGAUAACAGAAGAACACCGUGUGGGUGCUUUUGUUUAAUGCAUUGUUUAUUCUUUGCAGCUUGAGUACCUACAAAAAACACGAACACAAUGGCUUUCUUUUAGCAAUUAUACAUUUGACAAUGUCAAUUGUUUACAGGUAUAAUAGUUAUUUUUUUUUGCUUAAGUAGCAGACAAAAAUCCUAGCUCUUGGAUUCUUCUGUUCUUGAUAAUAUUAAAUCUACAUUUUUUAUUGUCCUUAAAAUCUAAUGGUUAUCAGAGUUCCAUUUAGUAUUAUAAGCUUUUUAGGUGUGCUGUAGUAUAAACUGCAGUGAUCCUUUUCAGCUAACAAUAAGCCAUUGUCUCUCUGUUUUUGCCACAAUGCUCCUCUGGUCAUGUUGUCAGGUAGUUCUGGUUGUACAUGUGGACCACUCAAUGCUGGCUGAGUAUAGCUUAAGCCACACAAAACAUAAAAUUAACGUUAAAAAUGGUCCACAUGAGGGGAGGGGAAAGAAUAGUACACCAUUUAAUAAGAUGUACUCCUGUCAUACAACAUAAAGCAGGGAAAAAAUCUUUAGACUUUCACAUAUUUGUGCUUCUGGACAUUUGACAUAAGUAUUUUGCCCUCAAUGAGGACACACAGAUCUGAAAUGAAAAUUUAUUUUUGUGCUGAGCAAUGUGUUGUUACAAGUAAUUAUUUGUAAUUUGUGACUGCUUUAUCUAUAUAUAUAUAUAUACCUGCUAUGUAUUUUGUUCCUGUGUAUACUGUCACAUCUGGCAAUUGUUAUUUUUGUAAAUAUUGGGAAACUGGCUUGCUUGAUUUAUCAAAGACCAUUUACACUAUUAUGUUGAUUAUAUUAGUCUUUUCAGUGCUGUACCAAAUAUGAAAGCAAAAACUCAAGUGUUGCAAUUACUUUAUGGAGCAUUGCUGAUUGAAAUAAUAAACAAUGCUGAAAAUCCA